GUUAUAUGGUCCGUGUGUGAGUAAGUAAGAACAUUAGUAAAGUUUAUUCAAGAGGCUGUAGCUCCUUUCUCAGACCAAAUUCACACGGUGCUUCACAUGAAUGAAAUAACAACAGUGACUCAGUAAUACACGACGAUUCUUUGCAAUAAAAAACAGAGAAAAACAUUCACAAUAAAAAAACACAUGGAUUUCAACAUUUGAAUGCAGGUGAGACAAGCCAGAGUGAAUAAAAUAUGUUUUUAAAAGCUUCAACAGAUACUGCAGAAUAUAAAUCUGGAGGGAGUGUGUUCCAUAGUGUUGGGGCCAAGCAGCAGCAUCGUUCAGCGCCACAUGAAGACAGCACAGAGACGAUUUAUUUCGUGAAAAAGGGAAUUUAACAGGAUGAAAUAGCAAAUGGUCUGUGGAAAUAUAACGUUUUCCUAGUCCUGUAUCCACUUCACCCUUUCACACACAUUCAUACACUAUGUGCAGCCCUUUCUCACACACUGUCAGAGCUGUGGGGUUCAGUAUCUUGCCUAAAGACACUUUGUGGUGAGAUCGAUCCACCUACAUCCUUGAUAGUGGACAACCCGCUUAACCCCCAGAGCCACAGCCUCCCAAUGAAUGGCACGAAAGGUCAUCAGCCCAAAUCCCUUUUUUUUAACAGCACGCUGCCACAACUUAUUUAACAUCCUUUGUGAGUUUCCAAUGUGAACAGAGUGGAAAGAGUUAAACGAAGCCAGGAAGUGGACCAGAGCAGCAGGGGGAGGGGCCCUCAGCAGCGUCAUCAUGCUGAAAUGAAACUCAACGAGGAAAGUUACAGUUUGCUCGACACUUCAAGCUGCUGCUUUUAAAUCUCUCAAACUUCACAGAUAUGGCAUCGGCCAGUUCUCUGCUGUCAGAGGAGAGGUUACUGUGUUCCAUCUGUCUGGACGUGUUCACAGACCCAGUCACGAUCCUGUGUGGACACAACUUCUGCAGCACAUGUAUCAACACGUACUGGGACAGCAGGGACACUUGCCAGUGUCCAGUGUGCAAACGGGAAUUCUCCACAAGACCUGAACUCCAAGUCAACACUUUCAUCUCAGAGUUAGCUGAUGAGUAUAAGAAGUUGGUUCAAGUCAAAGCCUCAACUCCAGGCCCACAGCUUCCGGUGGUUGACGUUCUUUGUGACAUCUGCUCUGAGAUAAAAGAAAAGGCCGUUAAAUCUUGCCUGACGUGUCUGACUUCUUUCUGUGAGUCACACCUGGAGCCGCAUCGGAGAGUUGCUGGGCUCAAAGGCCACACAUUAUUAGAGCCAGUGAAGAAUCUCGACGACAGGAUGUGCAAGACACACAACAAGAUGACAGAGCUGUACUGCUCGAAUGAGCAGGCCUUCAUUUGUGUCCUGUGUUUGAAAGCCGAUCACAAGGGUCACAACGCUGUCCUCCUGGAGGAGCAUUAUGAAAAAGUGGCGGCAACAAAAGACGAGGCACAGGCAAACAUCCAGAAGUUGAUACAAACACGGAUUGAGAAGAUAGCUGAGGUAGAAAAAUUACUCGAUGUCAUCCCGGUAGAUUCUGAAAAAGAGAAACAAGCCGCCGUGCAGGUGUUCACCGAGUUGAUCCAGUCCAUUCAGGCGAGACAGGCCGAGCUAGUUGAGGCGAUCGAGCAGAGGCACAGUGCAAUAAAGCAAAAGGGUGAAGAGUUUCUCAAAGAACUGAGGAGGGAAGUGACUGAGCUCAAGAGCCGAAGCAGUCAGCUGGAACAUCUGUCACAGUCAGAGGAUCACUAUCAUUUCCUCCAGAGCUUCCAGACCUUGUCCAAACCUCCGCACAAGAGCUGCCCCGACACAGAUCUCUACCCUGACCUGUCUUUCCAGGCAACGCGAGGACACCUGACUCGGCUGAAACAGAGAGUCGAGGAAAUAAUGGAAGAGAUUCCUGAGAUCAGGAUGAAAAGAAUGAGAGAGCACGUGGUCGACUUGACCCUUGACCCCGACACUGCAUUUAGGUCACUUGUCAUCAGCGAAGACGGAAAACAAGUUACAGUAGAAGACAACAUUGAAAAGAGCAAUGUUACAGACAAUCCAAAGAGAUUUGAAAUCGGUUGUCAGGUUUUGGUAAAAGAGGGAUUCAAGACAGGGAAGUUUUACUUUGAGGUGCAGGUGAAAGGAAAGAUAAGUUGGGUCGUUGGCGUGGUCAGGGAGUCGGUGGAUAGAAAGACAAACAAAAGUGUGUCAGUUGAAAAGGGAUACUGGACCUUUUCAUUGGAUGAGGGCAAAUAUAAAACAUCUGCAGGCUCAGAACGUGAAAUAUUGAAAGAAGAGCUUCAGAAGUUGGGCGUCUUUGUAGACUACAACAAAGGUGAGGUGUCUUUUUACAAUGUAGACUCUAAAUCACGCAUUGGUUGUAUCACUGGCUGCUGUUUUACAGAGAAACUUUAUCCGUACUUCUGCCCUCAGCCAAAUUUAAAUGGAACAAACUCCGCCCCUCUCAUCAUUACACCUGUACCUCAAACUCACUAGUCCAUCCAUCCCAUUCUAGAUAACGCGAAACCCAUUACAGCAAAGGUCACAGUGGCCUCACAGAACAACAAAUGAGAAACUGUUGAACAUUUAUAAUUUGAAUCAAAGAUCUUUUGAUGAAUUACAUUGGUCAAAGGUCGAAGGUCACAAAGAACCCAUAUAAAUCUGGAAAAAAUGUAUGUACAAAGUGAAAUGUUUCUAGUUAUUGUUAUUGUCUGAUCCUUUUAUAUAGGAAUGGUAAAGUUCACUGUCAUAAUGUGGUGUUGGUUUUAAUUUAAGUAUUUUAUCAAGUGUUUUGAUCAUUGAAAUAUUGACAUAAUAAACUACAUAUAUACAGAU